UCAGAUUUUGUGGACAUCAUUCUUCAUAUCCAUUUUUCAGAUAUCUUCAUCUUUACAUGAUCAAUUUAUAGUUCAUACCAUACAAUUUUUGUGUUUUAAAAUCACCCAAGAAAAAAAAAACAGUAAAAAUGGCAGCAGCAACAGCAACAGCAACAGCAGCAUUAAGCAGCAGCACUUUACUAGCACCGAGCAGCUCAAAGCAGGCGCAGCAGCAACAGCAACAGCUUAUCAAAUGCAAGUCUUUUGCAGGGCUACGUCCCCUGCAGCUCAGCCGCAGCAGCAGCAGCAGCAGCAGCAGCAGCAGCAGCAGUAGCCUUUCGAUGUCAGGAAAAAGAAGAGCGAUGACCUGCAGAGCCGAACUGAACCCAUCAUUGGUGAUAAGUCUGAGUACAGGGCUGUCACUUUUCCUAGGGAGAUUUGUGUUCUUUAACUUCCAAAGAGAGAACAUGGCUAAGCAAGUGCCAGAGCAGAACGGAAUGACUCAUUUCGAGGCCGGCGAUACUCGUGCUAAGGAGUAUGUUAGCCUUCUCAAGUCUAAUGACCCUGUUGGGUUCAACAUUGUGGACGUUCUAGCAUGGGGUUCAAUUGGUCAUAUUGUUGCUUACUAUAUCUUGGCUACUGCUAGCAAUGGUUAUGACCCCAACUUCUUUUAAUUACUUCUUAAUUAAUCAAUUAUGUUGGGAUUUAUCAAUUUGCCCUUUUGAUUAUGUUGUUAUUAAUGUUAUUAUUAUCAAGUGUUGUUGUGUAAUUAACAGAUUGUUUAAAUGUUAUUCCUCUAUAUAUGCCCUUAUCUAUCUAAUUUUGUUUCAAUCAAA